GGGUUGUCGAGUGCUUUAAAGCCAGUGGUGAGGAAGCGUGGUCUCAGAAGAUGAAGAGAGCAGUGGUCUGUCACCGAGGGAGAGGCGUGAACAAGGAGUCGGUGGUGGCCCAGUCGAGAACGAGCCGCAGUUCCUCCCGCGGAUGGAGCUGGGAAAAGCAAAGGCAGCGCAAACCCGCCCCUGGCACCCACGCCGGGGCCUGAUGGCUCCGUGAGCCCGCCACCCACCCGGGACCCCCCCAGCCCGGCUGCCAGGCCCGGCCUUCCCUCCAGCUAGCCGGCCGGGCGCUCCCAGCCCGACGCGGCCGAUGGUACCCCGGUGCCCGCUGUGACCCCCGCCAAGGUGGCCUCUCCGCCCCCUCCGCGGGCCAUGGGGGACAACGCCACCUUGCCCCGGUGCCAGGACUACCGCGCCAACCACCGACUCCACAUGGUGGGCUACAGCACGAUCCUGGCCGUGGGCCUGCCGCUCAACGCCCUGGCCCUGUGGGUCUUCUUCCGGGCCCUGCGCGUCCACUCGGUGGUGAGCGUCUACAUGUGCAACCUGGCGGCCAGCGACCUGCUCUUCACCCUCUCGCUGCCCCUGCGCCUGUCCUACUACGCCCGCCACCACUGGCCCUACCCGGACAUCCUGUGCCAGCUGGCGGGCGCCAUCUUCCAGAUGAACAUGUACGGCAGCUGCGUCUUCCUGGCGUUCAUCAACGUGGACCGCUACGCCGCCAUCGUGCACCCCCUCCGGCUGCGCCACCUGCGCCGGCCCCCGGUGGCCCGCCUGCUCUGCCUGGCCGUGUGGGCGCUGAUCCUGGCCUGCGCCGUGCCCGCCGCCUGGGUGCACCGCCCGGCCCGGUGCCUCCACGGGAACGCCACCGCGCACCUCUGCUUCGAGAGCUUCAGCGACAAGCUGUGGCAGGGGCCCCUGCCCGCCCUGGUCCUGCUGGCGGGGGUGCUGGGCUUCCUGCUGCCGCUGCUGGCCGUGGUCUACUCGUCCGUCCGGGUGUUCUGGACCCUGGGCCGGCCGGCGGCCACCAGGAGCCAGCGGCGCCGGAAGACCGUGCGGCUGCUGUUGGCCAACCUGGUCAUCUUCCUCCUGUGCUUCGUGCCCUACAACAGCGUGUUGGCCACCUACGGGGCCCUGCGGGCCGAGUGGGUGCGGGGCGGGGACGCGGUGCGGGCCAGCGUGCGCCAGGCGCUGGUGGUCACCGUGCUCCUGGCCAGCUCCAACUGCGUGCUGGACCCGCUGGUCUACUACUUCAGCGCCGAGGGCUUCCGCAACACGUUGCGGGGGCUGGGCCCGGCCCCGCGGGACACCAGCAACGGGACGCGGACCCGGCUGACGGCCCCCGAGGGACGGCGCGUCUCCGACACCGCCGCCUCCAGCCGGGAGCUGCUGCCCCGCCGGCUGCCCCCCGAGAAGGCCUCGGUCCUGGCGGCGAAGGACUCGGCCAUCUGAUGACCACCGUCCCCGGUGCGGGCGGCGGCGGAGGAUGGACCAGCUGACUCCCCUCCGCCGCUGGGAACUGAGGCGAGGGGCCGUCGAGGGACCCGGGAGAUCGGGGCUGGCGCUGCUAGUCCUCCGCCGGUGCCACCCCCGCCAUCUCGUGCCUCGGUUUCCCCUGCUGGUCGCGGAGGGGCAGCGAGUGGGGGGGGGGACACACACAAUAAAGUCGAGGACUGUGCCCUCA